AUGCUGAGUCGGCGGCUGCUCGUACUGGUUGCUGCCGCGGCCCUGGCGUCAAGCGCCGAUGCCGUGGAUCGCAGCAAGUUCCGCACGUGUGAGAAAACCCAAUUCUGCAACAAGUUUCGCAACGUGCAGCGUCAGGAGCUGCCCAGUAAGUUCUAUGUGGAGCGUGCCAGUAUCCGGUCGGACUCGGACGCAAACUUGGUGCGUUUCCUGGUGGAAGACGCGGGUCAGAAGGGCGGUGUUCCGCUUGCUGGAUCUCUCGCGUUCGUGCUUAAUGCGGACAGAGCGGUGGUGCCGGCGCUGCGAGUGCGACUCCAGGAGAAGUUCGAGAACCCAAAGGACCCCAAGAUCCGCUGGACUAGUGACGAUAUUCUUGUUCCUGCAGCUGAAGAGACGCGCCCGCUUCGUCAGUUGACGGUGAAAGAAGCGGGUCUCAAGACAUCAAUUAACGAGGAUAACGUGCUGCUGUUCGCCCCCGAGACGCAGGGGGCGACGCAGGUCGUGGCUGCCUUGAAGUUGGGCGAAGGAUCUUUUGGUGUGGAUUUGUAUCUGGACGGAGAGAAGGUGGUUUCCACUAAUGACGACGGAUUGUUUCACUAUGAGAUUCGACAGGACCGCGUAGAUUCCGCGGCGCAGGGUGAAGCGGCGGCCGACCAAGCUGCAGUGGAUGCUCAUGAGGGGAAGACUAUUGUGGACUAUGGGGAAGAUGGCCUUGCUAUCUAUGAUGACGGUACCGUACAGAAGAAGGAGGAACAGUCAGCUACUACGACGGCUACGGCUGGGGCUGAUGGGAACGUGGAGGGAUGGGAGGAAUCCUUUGGAGGACACACAGACAAGAAGAAGUUUGGCCCCAGCUCUAUUGGACUGGAUGUGUCGUUCCACGGAUCGGCAGAAGCCCCACGCUCGCUUUACGGCAUCCCAGAACACGCCACGGAUUUCGUACUCAAGGACACAAUUGAGCCGAACGAUGAAGGGGAGGGCAAGAGGAGGGUGGUGACUGAUCCGUACCGUUUGUACAACUUGGAUGUGUUCGAGUACGAGCUGGACAACCCUAUGGCGUUGUAUGGCGCGAUCCCAGUGCUUGUAGCUCCGAAUAAGGAGAACACUGUCGGUAUGUUCUGGAACAAUCCCAGUGAGACGUUCGUGGACACUUGGACCGACGAAGAGACGAACAGCAAGUCUAGUCACUGGCUCAGUGAGUCUGGCGUCUUCGAUCUGUUCUUGCUGGCGGGGCCUAGCAGUGCCGAUCUGUUCUCGCAGUACACGCUUCUUACUGGUCGCGCGCAGCUUCCGCCGCUCUUUGCCUUGGGCUACCAUCAGUGCCGUUGGAACUACAAGAACGAGGCUGAUAUGGCGCGUGUGGAUGCUGGCUUUGACGAACAUUUGAUCCCGUACGACGUGCUGUGGCUGGACAUUGAGCACACGGAUGGAAAGCGUUACUUCACGUGGGACGAGCACGCCUUCCCUACGCCCAAGAACAUGCAGGAGUCCGUGGCGCGUACUGGCCGUAAGAUAGUAACUAUCGUCGACCCGCACAUUAAAGUGAGUCAGUCCAAAGACAAGCAGCCGUAUUACAUUCACACUGAAGCCGAGGAGCUGGGACUCUUCGUCAAGGAUGAACAGGGCAACGACUUCAAGGGAUGGUGCUGGCCGGGCGAGUCUUCGUACGUCGACUUCACAUCUCCAAAGGCGCGUGCAUGGUGGCGUCACCAGUUCCGCUAUGAAAACUACCAGGGGAGCACCAAGCACUUGUACACUUGGAACGACAUGAAUGAGCCGUCCGUUUUCAACGGCCCUGAGGUUUCGAUGCGCAAGGGAUGCAUGAGUCUUGCUGGCGUGGAACACCGUGAAUGGCACAAUCUGUACGGAAUCCUCUUCCAACGCUCGACCAUGGAAGGCCAGCUAGUUCGUCAGCAGCCUCCUCCAGAGCCUCUCUCGGCCUUUGGAGAGGAGCUACAACUUCGGUCAGAUAUGCAGCGUCCGUUUGUGCUAUCUCGCGCGUUCUCCGCCGGUUCGCAGCGGUACGGAGCGAUCUGGACGGGAGACAACACGGCUGAGUGGGGCCAUCUGCGCUACGCCACCAAGAUGCUGCUGUCCAUGUCCGUUGCUGGGCUUACGUUCGUGGGCGCAGAUGUGGGCGGAUUCUUCGGCAAUCCGCCCACAGAGCUGCUUACGCGAUGGAACCAGGCGGCUGUCUAUCAGCCAUUCUUCCGCGGCCACGCUCACCACGACUCGGCUCGUCGUGAGCCGUGGGUAUUUGGAGAACCAACGACGUCACGUAUCCGCGCUGCUAUUCGUGAGCGCUACUCGCUGCUACCGUACAUCUACACGCUUUUCCACACAUGUUAUGCUCGCGGUAUGCCCAUCAUGCGUCCCCUUUGGGCGCACUUUACUCUGGAACCGCAGAGCUUUAGUGAGGAGGACCAAUAUCUGCUGGGUGACGCCCUGCUCGUGAAACCGAUCGUUGAGGAAGGCGUGGAGGCCACGCACGUGUUCCUCCCGUCCGACAAUGCUCAGGAUAAGACGGUGUGGUACCAGGUGACGGAUGGAUACAAGCGUUUCUUCGGUGGCAAGACGUACGCGAACGUGCCGGCGCCACUGGAUGCCAUCCCAGUAUUCCAGCGAGGCGGCACCAUAUUGCCACGUAAGCAGCGUGUGCGUCGCAGCUCGGAGUUGAUGCGCGACGACCCGCUGACGCUGGUGGUGGCGCUAGACCAGCGCUUAGAGGCUCGUGGCGAUCUGUACGUGGACGACGAGCGCUCAUUGGCUGCUGAGCUUGAAGGGGAGGGCACUGUUGUGUCGUUUCAUCAGACGAAGGAGGGACUGCGGUCAACGGCUACUGCAGCUACAUCGCAAGGCAAGCGCUACACGUCGCUCAUGUGGGUGGAGCGCAUCGACGUGUACGGCUUCCAGUCUGAGGCCAAUGUGCCCAAGCAGGUGUUGGUGGGUAGCGAGCGCGCCGUGGACUUCCAAUACGAUGCCGCCAGUGACCGCCUUGUGCUGCGGAAGCCGCAGGUGCUGGUCACGGACGACUGGGAGCUGCGUUUCGUGUACGACCAAGCGCUCGAGUAA